AUGGAGCAAGAGCACCCUCUGGCUUGGUCGGAUAUGACCAACCCGGGCGAUGAUGAAUUCACCAACUUCCUCGAGUUUGGCAUGCAGUUCCCUGAUGUGGAGGGGCAUGGGCCAAGUGACCCUCAUGCUGCCCGGCCUCUUGCCCACCCGGCCUCCAUGUCGAUGCCCGCCACAACGGCACCUGCGCAGGAGCAAUUGGUCCGCAUGGAUACCGAUAAUGUUACCACCCAGUCGCCCUCGUACGCCCACCUCAUGAACAAUGAUUUUUCCCUUGACCUUUCCAAUCACGGGCAGCAGGCCCAGCCGCAUCCCUCGUCAUACUCGAAUGCCCCAGUCACCCCGGCAUUCUACGCGCACAAGCCCCCGCAGCCCCAGUACUUUCACCCUCAGCAGCAGCACCAACCAAUGCAGGAACAGUCACACCAGCUUUCCAACCACUCGCACCCGACACAGCAAGCUUACGUUCCUCACGGUCAGACUGUGAUACCACCCACCCCCAACAGUAUCGAACUCCAAGGAAGUGCCGCUACGCACCCACACCGGACCGAUGAUAAUCAUGAGAUGUACGAGCGGUUCACGCGAAUGAAUGACGAACAGGCCCUUUACACGCCCCUGGUCUCACCUGCCAUGACCCCAUUGGAAAGUCAAUUCCGCUUCCCUGAAUACACCAUCCCUGGAGAGUACUUCACCCCUCUCACCUCGCCGGCUCUCGAAGCCCACACCUCCAAUCCCACUGGUUACCCCUUCCACACCGGCCAAAUCUCUGAAAUGGGAUUUGUGCCCUCCCCGGCCGAUAACGCACUCCCUAUGUCGUCAGCCCCCUCCUCGCCGGGUCUGAUGCGAAAACAUCGGCGCCAGCCUUCGACCACCAAGCCCUUCUCCGCUCGCGCUAAAAAGCAACAAUCGCCUUCAGUCCGGCCCCAGGCACGGAAAAAGUCACUUUUGAACAUCAACUCGGAUGAGGUCUUGAAUAGCCUAAGCCAGGACCAGGGAAGUAGCAAAUCGCGCAGUUCUGGUGGUAGUGGUCUUCGCUACGGAAGUAACGAAAGCUCUGGGCAAGAUUCCGUCUCCCCAGAGCCUCUAUCUGAACCACUGAUGCCGCCACCUGCUCUUCCUCCGUCCCGCAAGUCUCCCGCCAUUGCCCCUCAGACCAAUCAAGUGUCACAAGCCAAUGAACCCGCAACCCCGGCUUUGCUGAUGCGCAUUCAACGGUCCCCGCACAGCAAUGCCUCUACUGGCCCGAUGGCAAUUGUGUCCAGGCCUGCUCCUUCUGAACCACAUGAUGAUAUCAUGGAAGAUGUUGUCCUUCCAGAAGCAGCUACCUCGUAUGAACCGGUCUCGAGACCUCAAGUGAGCCGCAUUGACACCACAGUACGGGCGGAUUCGGCGUCUUCGACUACUACGCCAGGCAGUGCCACCCCUGCUAUGGAACCCAAGUCUGCUCCAGUGGUCCACAGACCUUCCAGUUCUAUCGCGCCCAGUCCCCGUACUUUGGCUAUGCCCUCCCCCAGCGGACCGGUACCAAAGAAGUCCGAUACUCCGAAAUUAGGACCCCUGGGCCGAAAGCGGCAGAGUCUCAGCUCGUCUCAGCCUAGCCCUAAUCUACGUCCCAAGAUAAGCCCCAGUAUACAGCCACUGGUUCGAGGUGAUGGAGGGAUCACAAGCGAAACUUCGGCCCUGUACCUUGCGUCAAAGUCGAACUAUCAGCACAUCUUGGACGGCACUCUUUUGCCUGGCGUCUCCUACCCUGAAACCUUGGCCGAGAAUCUGAGCUCAAAACGGACGAAUCAUAAACUCGCAGAGCAGGGACGAAGGAAUCGCAUCAACAAUGCGCUCAAAGAGAUCGAGACUCUUAUCCCGACAUCAUUCGUUCAGAUAAAGCAUGCCAAAGAAGCUGCAAUCUGCAACGCCAAGGGAGGGGAUAAGGAGAAGGAGAAAGAAAAGGAAAAGGCCGGAAACCAACCUAUCAGCAAGGCUAGCACUGUGGAGAUGGCUAUUGAUUAUAUCAAAGCCUUACAACAGGAACUGGAAGAAACAAAGGGCAAAUUAGCAGCCGCUGAAGAGCGCCUGGGGGAGGGGAAGGGGCUGGGAAAGCGUGAUGACAACACAACGAACCCUGAAAAUGGGAAAACUGCAAAUCCCGUUGAUGCGGAAUCGGCAGCCACCAGUCAUGAAAUAGACAACUCUAUAUAG